CGACACUCUCGACGUACCACGGUAGGUUCGCCAGCGUGCAAUGCCGCCCCUGACACCUUCCCUCAUCCUCGAGGGAAGUUGGGCUUUUCUCGGGACACGGGCAACACCACAGAUUCCCACAUUGCAAGCACAUCUGCACACCGCCCGCCGUUCCCCAUGGCCUCAGCUGCCGGCAUAGACGAGCCCAGCGCCGUCAACGGCGAUGCCCCGCGCACCUCUGCGGCCGCGGCCGCCACUUCUAACCCCGAAUUCGAUGUCUCCAAGCUCCAGGGGCUGCCCACCGAGCAGCAGGAGUUGCUCCUCUUGAGCUUCGUCUCGACCCUCAGCAAGCAUGUCCUCAGCCUGCCGCCCGACGACUGCACUGCACAGCAAUUCUACCUCAAGAAGGAGGUCUUCAAGAUCAUCAACCUCGCGGCCCCGCCACCAACGCGGGUCAUACGCAACGCGCUGGGGAAGUGUCUGGCACACAUUUUUGGGAAAGGGGAUCGCAAGCUUCUCUUUGAUACAGUCAGCGAGCUGGCGGGGAUCAUAUCCGGCGGGAAGUCCAAGAGCGAGGGCGAGAUCCGCACGAAGCAUGCCGCCGUUACGUGCUUGGGCGACAUCUACGCUGCGGCCGGGGACAGCGCCAUCAACCUCCACCAGCUGGCCUGCUCAGCCCUCCUUAAGCUCCUCAAGUCGUCAUCGCACCACGCGGGCCUCCGCGCAGCCGUCUUCACCGCUCUGGGACAAAUCGCGACGAUGCUUGGCGGCAGCCUAGACGAGAGCAUUGCCAGGGACGUCUGGAAGCAGGGUCGAAGCCAUGCCGCCAGCGACAAGGGAUCGCUCGUUGUCAUUGCCGCGUGCCGCUGUCUGCGGUCGCUCGUGCAAUUCACCCCUUAUUUCCAGACCUCGAGCGAUUUCGACAGCCUCCGGUCGUCCAUGUUCAAGACAUUCGACUCGCCCUCGUCGCAAGUGCGCUCUGCGGCCGCCGACUGCUUCGCCGAGGCUCUUGUCAGGGGGUAUUCGGAGUCUGCCGUUGGGGAAGCACCGUUGGCGAUGCUCAAGCGGACCAAGUCCAAGGCCGUGAAGCGGCAGUCCAUGCCGCCAGGCACGUUGCAGGACGACGACGACAUCGGCCCUUCACGGCCGGAGAGCCCUGCGCCGACCAAAAAAACUCAAGUCUUGGCGUUGUCGCUGGCCGACAUGCUCAAGACGCUGUCGACGCAAUACGUCCGCAUGUCGACUUCCAACAGGUCAAGAGCAGCAAUUGCGCUUUGCUAUGGCAGCAUGCUGCGGAAGCUGGGCGAGCGUACGGUGGAAACGAAUUACACCCACAUCGUUGAGCACCUCACUGUCGAACUGCUUGGGCACAGCAAUGUCUCCAACAACCGCUACCGUCUGCUGAUCUCGCGGCGUAUGGUCGAGGUCAUCGUUCAGGACAUCGUCGGGAAGCAGAUCCUAGGAGAAUCCGGCCAGACCAGUGCUGCGAAGGCUCUCAUCAACGACAUCAUCAAGAACUACCCGCAGGCGUUAAAGGAGAAACCGGAGCCUGCCAAACAGACAUUGGUCGUUUCGCUGAGCGCCCUGGCAUCACUGAUAACCAGCCUCGGGUCAGCAGCCAACAACUUCGCCGACGCCUGCCGCGACGGCCUCCUUCAGGUCCUCCAGCAUCCGAGCUACACCGUCCAGGUGUACGCAUCCUCGUGCUUGAAGACAUUCGUGCUAGCAUGCCCCCAGCAGCUUCUAUCCUGUCUCUCGGUGUGCAUGAACAGCCUCAGCAGGGAGUUGGGACUGCUUGGCACCGGGCGCAGCUCGCCUCGCCGCUGUAUCGGCUUCGCACACGGCCUCGCUGCCGGCCUCAGUGCGAGCCCGCAGCGGCCGCUCUUCGGCUCGGUGGACAUCAACAGCCGGGUGCUGACCAUGUCCACUAACCUGCUCAAGUCGAGCGGCGACUCCGAGCUGCGUGUUGCAAGCACGCAGAUCCAGGUGGCCUGGACCUUGAUCGGAGGGCUCAUGUCCCUCGGGCCGAACUUCGUCAAGAUCCACCUCUCGCAGCUUCUCCUUCUGUGGAAGAAUGCGCUGCCAAAGGUCCUGUCGAAGGAUAGUUCCAUCCACAGGAACUACCUUAACGCCUCGUUUUUGACCCACGUCCGGGAGUGCGCGCUUAGCUCCAUCCUGUCGUUCCUCGAGUACAAUAGCCGUCUCCUGACGGUCGACGUCUCCAAGCGCAUCGCCACAAUGCUACAGAGCACGACGGCAUUCCUAAAGACGCUCCCCUCCAAGAAGACAGCCGAAGACAUCAACGAGAGGCUGACACCAUCCUUGCAACUGCAAGACCUCGAGACAAUGGUGCAGCGGAGGGUCUUGCAAUGCUACACGAAGCUGGUAAACAUCAGCCCAGCCGCUGGUGCUGAGGCUCUUCUGCAAUCCAACCUUCUUACCCUCGCCAUUUCCCUGUUCGCGGACCCGGAUAACUACACCCCCAGCUCCCUCAGUGCAUCCAUUGCGAACACAGCAGGGACUUUCGAGUCGAUCUGGGAUAUAGGCGACAACUCUGGCUUCGGCGUGACGGGCCUCGUGCGAGGUUUCAACAUCAGGCCGCUUCCCGGACAACACGAGAGCUCAACCGACCGUGGCCCGUCUGGCCGAGAUGGACCAGAAGAUCGAAUCGAAAGGCUUCUGCUCUCGCCCGUCUGUGGCACGCUUGAGCACGAUGCGUCCGUCCUCUACAUCGGCUGCGCUAAUAACGGCCCGAGUCUCCCUGAUCCUGCGGCUACCGAGGUGGUCAACAUGGCAAUCCAGCUCUUUGCCUUCGUCUUCCCGCUCACGCCACCCAAGGUUCAGGAAAGCGUACUCGAGCAAGUGACCACCUUUGUUGCGGCUGGAUCGCUGCAGCGAGACCCCGGUCGGAAGGCGGCCAUCAACGUGAACGUAGUCACGGCUCUCCUCUGUAUCCUGCGAGUGGCAGUCAAGGAGACCAAGUCGCCUCCCGGCGACGUGACUAACCCGGCGGUCGAGAAGCUCAUCCAGGAGUUGCUCCGGGACUUCGUGCUGGACCGGGACCAGUACGUCCGGAGCAUCGCCUAUGAGGCGCUCGCUCGUCUUUGCGGUGCUUGCGGCAACGCUUUCACCAAUCAAGAGAUCAAAUACCUCGUCGAUACCAUCGUCGUCAACCGGGAACCUAGCGCCAGAGCGGGCUGUGCGAUGGCGCUUGGGACCAUCCAAGCCAAGAUUGGGAGCAUGGCAGCCGGAUACCAUCUAAAGACCGUGCUGAAUAUCCUGCUGUCCCUGUGCAACGACCCUCAUCCUACCGUCCAUUACUGGGCACUGGAAGCCGUCGCGCGGGUCUCGGACGCGUCCGGACUUGGAUUCGCGAACUACGUCUCGGCGACGCUGGGCAUGCUAGCCAACCUCUACUUCUCGGAAACCCACAACCCGGAGGUGGCCUUGCCUGCUACCAUGAACCUGGAAGUCGAGUUUUCUACGUCUGCAGCGAUCGUCCACUGCAUCGACUCGCUCAUCAACGUCCUCGGCCCGGAUCUGCAGGAUUCCACCAAGUCAAGAGAGCUUAUUUUCACGCUCGUUGGGUACUUCCAACAGGAAGAGGAAGAGGACCUCGAGGUUCAACGAGCCAGCCUUGUCUGUCUAGAGCACCUCUCUCUGUACGCCCCUGGUUAUGUGAACUUCACAGAGUACGUCAAGACAUUACAACGGUACCUCAACUCAGACCACACUGUCCUCCGCGACGUCGCAGUGGACGGCCUGCAUAACCUGAUGAAGAGGAAUCCGUACGACGUCCUCGAAGCCGCAGACAAAGGGUUCGAGGACCAGCUGUGGUUGGUUCUCGACUCGGAUCCCGGCCACGAAGGGAUGCGCAACACCAUCCGCAACUGGAUGCGGCAUACGUGUCUCGCGAACACAGCUGCCUGGCUCGUGCGCUUCCAGCAUGUCCUCAAGAUGACGAGACCGAAGGAGGCGGCAAAGGAGACGGCCAAAACCAAGAAGACGAGCACUGGCAUCGAUCUCCAAGAUGAGGAAGUAGCCGGAUUCGCCGCUGCCUCCGGCGGCGCCAAGGAUGAAAAGGACACGCCGAGCGGCUCCGACGUCGAGCCUCUAAGAUGGCAGGUUACCACGUUUGCUAUGGACUGCCUGAACGACAUAUUCAUUCUUGUCAACAAAGAUAUUGCCACGAACGGCGAGUCUGCUGCGCAGUCAGCGCUGCAAAGCAAGAUUGCCGACGUCGUCCGGAUGGCCUUCUCGGCGUCCACAUCCGGCGUUGUUGAGCAGCGGAUCUGGGGCUUGAAGACCAUCGGUGCGGUGCUGAAGAUGUUUGGAAAGACGCCGGACCCCGACUUCGAGGAGGCCAUGUUGCUCGAACAGUACCAGGCCCAGAUCAGCUCGGCACUCACGCCCGCCUUUGCUGCCGACUCUUCCCCGGAGCUGGCUGCGGAAGCAGUCAAUGUCUGCGCCAGCUUCAUUGCCACGGGCAUCGUCACGGAUGUCGACAGGAUGGGCAGGAUACUCAAGACGCUUGUCAGCUCGCUGGAGAAUUUCAAGAGCGAGGAUGAGAAUGCCGGCAUCGGCGACCUGAAGGGGCUGAGCUCCAACGCGCGGGUCAUGGUCAAGAUGGCCGUGUUUGGCGCUUGGGCUGAGCUCCAGGUUGCGAGCUCGGAGCAGAAGUACUUGCUCGAGGUCCUCAAACCACACAUUGGCACCCUCACCCCGCUGUGGCUGGAGUCUCUCCGGGAGUUCGCGCGGCUGCGCUUUGAGCCGGACAUCUCCAUGACCCUCGGGCCACCCUCUCUUUCGGGAAGUCUGGACACGGUGUAUGCGGCUCUCAACAGAGAAACGCAGCUCAAGUUCUACCAGGACUCGUGGCUGAAGUUGGUCGAUGCCAUUGCCAGUCUCAUUGAGCAGGACAGCGAAUUUGUCUUUGAUGCGCUCGAUGGCAAGGAGGUCUCGGGUCCGAACACCAACGGCGUCUCCAAAGGCCCUGAUAUCAACUACCGCGAUGAGCCGGUGGCGUUUUUCUUCGUGCUCUUCGGCAUAGCCUUCGAGGCCCUCGCCACGAACCCUGGGCAGAGCGAGUCCCUUGCGACUCAAGAGCAGACGCUUGCGAUUCUCCGCGCGUUGAAGAAGAUCCUGCACCCCAGUGUGUCCGGCCAGGCGAUUUACCGCGAAGCGGUCUUCUCCGAGACCAUGGAUCUCCUUGACCGCCUCGUCCUCACGGAAGGGCUCGACGUCCAGGGGGUGAUUGUCGAGAUCGCCCGGGAUCUGUGCCUGGCGCACCCGGCCGCGAGGAAACAUGAGGAAGCGGACAACAAUGAGCUGUCGGAGGAUAUUGAGCAGCUCUUCGAGCUCACUCGCAUCAUCGUGCUGGUGCUUUCCGGCCUGGUGCCGAACCUCAGCGAGACGCCCCAGCCGAUCCGCCACCAGAUGACGGAGGAGGCGGUGCUCCUCAUCAAGACAGCCCUCAACGCGCUGGUCGACGCCGCCGAGGUGUUCCCCGCUAUCAUCAAGACGGACCUGUACGCCUGCAUCAUCCACAUCUUCGCCACCAUCCUGGCCACCCCGUCCUGCCAGGAGGUCAUCGUGCCGCAGUCGCUGCCGACGCUGAAGAGGUUCAUCACGAGCAUGUCGAACUCGCGGCGGGUUUCGGAAGAUGGCGGCGGCGGCUCGCAGACGGACGUGCAGCUGCUCGGCUGCCUGCGCCGGUUCCUGUCCAUCUACCUGAACGCGCAGAAGCGCGAGGCCCCGACCUCCCUGGCCUGUGUCAAGAACUGCCUGCUGGCGCUCACGAUCCUGUUCACGGGCGGGCAGAACCACCUGCCGGCCAGCGAGCCCCUGGUGGAGCGCUUCCUCGAGGAGGUGCUCGACUGUCUGACAGAUCGCAUGGUAUGUCCCCUACAUCCAGACCCUCAUCCUGCCGACUUUAGCCCCCCUUUUCAGAAUUCUUCCGUGAAUCUAACCCUCUUCUUCUUAUCAUCACAGACCGCCAAAAUCGCCGCCUCCUGCAUCCGCUCCCUCCUGCUGCAGCAGCCGCACCCCACGCCGGCCGACCACUCGAUCGCGCGCCACCUGCUGCCGCGCCUGCUCGGCUUCGUCACCGCCACCGACCGGGAAGACCCGGAGCGCGCCCGCGCGCUGGUCGUCCAGGCGCUCUGCCAGUACGUCGUCGCCUGCGCCUCCACCGUCGGGCCGUCCGCCCGGCCCGUCGCCAUGGCGCUGGUGGUCCCCGCGCUGCUGGCGCGCGCGCUGAGCGAGGACGGCGGCGACGGCGGUGGCAGAGGCGAGGUGUACCGCGAGACGAGCGCGCGGCUGCUGGAGCUGGCGUCGGCGGACCCGGCCGCCUUCCGCGCCGUCGUGGCGGGCAUGGGCGAGGGCCAGAGGGCGUUCCUGGAGGAGGUCAUUCGGCAGGGGAGGGAGGCGGGCGGGAAGCGGGGCCGCGGGGAGGCCGGCGAGGAGGUCAAGGAGCCGAGCAUUGCGCUGAAGAUGGACUUUGGGGGGUAGGUAGGCUUGGCUGCUUCCUUAUGGAGGUAGGGGGACUCAUUAGGAUAGAAAGAUGAAGGCAAAGGUCAUGGAAAACUGGAUUGGAGCGGGAAUUGGGGGGCAUGCAUGGGUUAGAUAAAUCCGUGGAUAU